GCCCUCGCUCCCGGACCGGCCAUGUCCAAUAACCCCUCAUUUGUGCUCAAGAAGGUCGACGACGUUGUGUUUGAAGAGAAGCCUAUCCCCGAUAUCAAGGAUGAUGAGGUUCUCAUUGCCGUGAAGAAGACCGGUAUUUGUGGAUCCGACGUCCACUUUCUCGUCGCAGGUCGCAUCGGCGACUACGUCGUCGAAAAGCCCAUGGUUCUUGGUCACGAGUCUGCUGGUAUUGUGCACAAAGUUGGUAGCAAGGUCACCGACCUGAAGCCCGGGGACCGCGUCGCGAUGGAGCCCGGUGCGACUUGCCGCAAGUGCGAUGCCUGCAAGCGUGGCCGCUACGAGCUCUGUCCGGACAUCGUCUUCGCAGCGACGCCUCCCCAUGACGGCACCCUUGCGCGAUACUACCCUAUUCCUGCUGAUCUCUGCUAUAAGCUACCGGACCACCUCACUCUUGAGGAUGGUGCCAUGAUGGAGCCUCUCUCCGUCGCGAUACAUGCUGUCGCAAACAUCGCCAGCAUCAAGCCCGCCGAGACUGUCGCUGUCUUCGGUGCAGGGCCCGUCGGUCUCCUCUGCAUGGCCGUCGCACGCGCCCUUGGCGCUGCGCGCGUCAUCGCGGUCGACAUCGUGCCCUCCCGCCUCGAGUUCGCCAAGUCGUACGCGGCGACGGACACGUACCUCCCCCCGCAGUUCCAGGAGGGCGAGUCGCGCAUCGAGUACUCGAGGCGCAACGCGAAGCAGAUGCAGACGCAGCUUGGACUGGAGGAGCGCGGCCUGAAGGCCGUCGACCUCAUCGUCGACGCGUCGGGCGCGGAGGUGUCCAUCCAGACGGGUAUCUACGUCGCCAAGCACGGCGGGCGGUUCGUCCAGGUCGGGAUGGGUACUCCGGAAGUUCAGAUCCCAAUCACGACGCUGCUCGUUAAGGAGAUCGACUUCAGGGGCUCGUUCCGCUACGGACCCGGUGACUACCAGCUCGCCAUCGCCCUCGUCUCGCAGGGCCGCAUCGACCUCAAGCCCCUUGUCACUCACCGCUACUCGUUUGACCAGGCUGCCGAAGCUUUUCAGGCAACACGGGCGGGCAAGAGCCCCGACGGCAAGCCGGUCAUUAAGGCGGUCAUCUCCGGGCCCGACGUCGACCCUGCCAAUCUGCUAUAGGUGACUCUGGACUCGUGACAUUCUCAUAAAAGGCUUGGAUGGUGCCCGAUCAAGAAUACGUGCGACGUACGCCUUCGCCCAUAAUGCGCCCUCUGCGAAGACGCCGAGUCCAACCGAACAAAGAGCGAGAGAUGCCUUAGGAGGAAGAAGCCUGCAUGAAGCUUGUCGCCGGAGCUCGAACAUUCUGAAACGCGCCCACGACCGACACCUACAGCUCAAGCAGAUGAUCAAGUUUCUCACAAUCCUGCGGUUCUUGUGAGAAAAUGCGUCGUCCAUGUACACCGGUGGCUCGAUAGCUGUUUAGAAUGCACCUAUGGUUAGUGCCAAUCUCAGGCUUGUCCCCGUCGAUGUUCAUUAUAUUAUCACUACUGUACGAAUUCGUGGACGAGAUGCGUUCUGGAGGCGAAGAAAGCGAGACAGG